AUGGACACACCACCGCCUAUCCCCCCAAGACCUCCUGGCUAUGAAAUUCCACUACACCAACAACAACAGCAACCGCAACAGCAGUACUACCCCCCUCCUUCACAGUAUCCACCCCCGCAGCAGUUGAUGUAUGUCCCUCGUCAGUCGCCUCAUGGUUAUCUCCCGAAUGAUCCGAGAUUUGUGCAGCCUGGAUUACCGACCCCCCCGCUACCAAGCCAACCUUCUAGUUGGAACGAACACUUUUUCUACACGAACGGAAAACCAACGCCCAUCUUUGAAACAAUGAUGUGGGAAUUCUUUCGCAGGCUUGAUCCUCAAAAUACUGGCUCUAUUACUCCAGAAGCUUUCAGUAGCUUUCUGGACGUAUGCCAGUAUCUGCCAGAAUUAAAUAUCUGGAAACGAUCCUAUGAGGCUAAAUGGAUGUACGCAGCCGAGGAUGUAGCAGACGCUGAAUUUUUAUGGACCCUUGAGGGCUUUGAAUUCGAUCAUAAGAAGGUGGUCCGCAACCCAGCAAACAAGCAAAUGCCUUAUGGCGGAAUGCCGCUCCUAACCUUGAAGGGGUUCACUGACUACAUGGCCGUCGAGUUCGUAAGCGACCCCGAUGAUCACUUAGGUGAUAUAAACGCCGCAUUGCGUUAUUAUGGCGUUUGGCCUGAAAAAGGCCCUGUUCCGCGCCAUCUUCUACCCCCCACAUGCCCACCAGAAGUGACGCGCCGAGUCGACGAAGCUUGUGCACGGUGUCGCAAGGCUAGUGCGGACAAGAUUAACGCCCAAGCGGCCAAGGCACGGAUUCAGGGAAUGGCAGGUCGGGCGACAGUUGCCUUGACUUCAAACAACACCUACCGCUACUACUGA